AUGGUCAUCAGUGAUAAUGAUCCAAUUGAUUGGGACGUCGAUGAAAUAGUGGCUUUCCUCUGUGACCCCGUGUCAGCACCUUGGGCAGCGUCUGCGAAUUCCUUACGCCCUAAUCUUGUCGAGCUUGAACAAGCUCUUCGUGAAAAUUUCAUUAAUGGAGAGGUACUCUUGUAUCACGUGGACAAAGAUUCCCUCAAGGAUGACUUGCAAAUCAAAGCGCUAGGCCAUCGUAGCAGCGUUUUGAGGGCCGUUGACUGGCUGCGAGCCAAAUCUGCAAAAUAUCGCAUGUCCAUGGACAAGUCUCAAGAGGCUGACAACAUAUUUUUCCAUGAACCGACCCGAUCACCGUCUCAUAGAACUGCUGCCACUGCUUCAUUGGAACCACCGAGUCGAGUUUCGGCCCAAUCACCUCAAGUGACCGCCCCUUCAACCAAAGGCUCAAAGCCAAUUCAGCGAGUGGCUCCGAUUCAAAUAAAUUCAAUCCCUAGACAUGGUAGCAGCAACGAAGCCCAUCCACGCCAGGCUAAUUCAGCAAUUUUCGUCACCGAAGAUAAGUCUAGUGAGCUGACGUCUCAAGAGAAUGCCUUCUAUGACAGACUGCUUCAGAAGUAUCAGGUCGAGGAUGAUCAACCUCUCCCGGGAUAUGGAGAGUCUGGCUCAGAAGGUGAAUUUGAUGCCGUGACUUGGGAAGAAAUUCUCGAAGAGAACCCAAUGCUCAAAGACCCUUAUCUGGUUCACAACCCCCUCCCUCUCGAGGAGCGGAAAUCUGUCCUGUCGAGAUAUAUCGAGGAACAAAAUCAGAAGUGGCGAAUCAAUUAUCUGCCUCGAGAAGCACCCUAUGCCCGAGAGCUAUGGCUCCAGACCCGGGACCAAGCCGUUCUUGAGGCAUAUAACCGUGACUGUUCCGACCACCUUCGUAAUCUCGAGGGCCGGUUGAAAAAGCUUAAAGAGGCAAUAAUAUCGGUCGAACACAGAUCAAAAAUCCCUUUCCAGAAGGCAUGUGGCAGCCUCGAUACCACCCUCAACCAAAUAUUUCAUGAAAGGUGGAAACUGUCUGUCAUGGCGCUUGCGCUGUGUCCGCGUUCCGUGUCUCAUCCACCUAAAGCCCCAAGGCCUCGGAAAGAGCCCCCUGAUGACGACGACGACGACGACGAUGAUGAUGCAGAAGAAGAGUCGCUCGGGUCUGAUACAGAAACUGCCUCCGAGCAAUCAUUAACCACUGACAGCGAUGUUCGAUCCGGCGAUGAUUCAUCAGAGGAGUUUCUAACCGAGAAAGUAAAAAGCCAGCCUUGGUUGGCCGUUUUUCAAUCAUCUUCGAGCGAUGACAGUGAGACUGAUCUACAUUCCAACAAGCGGCGCCGAGUCCUUGACAGUGAAAAGCAAGACGUGGCCAAAAGCAGACGACAUACACAUGGCCAUGGCCCUUUCAUGGAUCUUGAAGAUGUCGAUGUUGAUACCAUUGAGUCUCUAGACACAAAUUCGAACCUGCCUUCAGAGGCGCCGGAACCCAGCUCUCACAGGGCAGUUGAAUUAUCAAUUGAGACACCUCCUCUCAACCCAACCCAAACAGAUAUCCGAGAUUCUGACGUACCGGACGAUAUGCUGGUAAAAACUCCUCCGUUGAAUCCGACCCAUCUAAUGCGCGUGAGGCAGGCAAUGCCAAAGCUCAACCUGUCCCAGUGCUCCGCAACGCGAAACAACAAAAGUCAUUCGCCCCCACCCCAGAACCAUGGUAUCAACACCCCAGCACCAGCCGACGACGAUAUCGAAUUAUUUGAUAGGAUGGGAAAUAUGUCUUGGAAGGAAAUUGAGACCAGCAAAAAUGGCAUGCACCUAUUGGCCAAACUUCUCAUGACUCUGAAGUCUCACGAGAUCAAAGAAUAUCGUGUUUUCUUGCACGAUAUGGUAGAACCGGAGUACAGAAACAUCGUUGAGGAGGCGCUGUACGCGAUGGUUAGCAACGACCGAUCCUUACAAGAUAGAGACAAGGACGAAAGCGCGCUGAUUAUGCGACUGGCGGCUAUGUUUAUGUCCUGGUACCACUGUAUCCAGUUGAAGCCCGCGGGGGUUGGAAGUGGCUUGCUUGAAAGGACCAUUGACGCAAUUGAAGAUGAAGGAAUGUUUCUGAAGUUCUUCAGGAGGCUCAAGAGGCUACAUUUAGCUUACGAAGUGUGGUAUACUGCCCAAGGAUUCCCAAGCGAUGACGAUGAAGAGGACGGGACUCAUAGCUCUCCUAGUGGUGAUAUCAGCUCCAUGAACAAGCCCCAAAAACGAAAAAAGAAAGGGAAAGGGUCUAAAAUCAAAACAAGCGGUGCGAGACCACUCAGCAAUAUGCAGAGAGAGGCCCAAGAGCGGCAGGCAAGACAAGAAAGAGCCAGAGACCGUCUCCUUCGUGAGCGAGAACUACAAGGCCUGAGUACAAGCGACCCAGAUGGCCAAGCUGUUACCUUCAAAGAGCCUGUCAUUUAUCUCCAUCCGCAUCUUGGGAAGUUUGUGAAGCCACAUCAACUAGCAGGUAUUCAGUUCAUGUGGAGAGAGCUGAUCGAAGCCAAUAAUCAGCAAGGUUGUCUGCUUGCUCAUGUCAUGGGGCUAGGCAAGACUUUUCAGGUGAUAGCCCUGUUGGCCACUAUUGCUGCAUGUGCUGCCUCAAAUAACCCGCAGAUCCGAGCACAGGUGCCAGAAAAGUUCCAUCGCCCCCAGUUCUUAAUCUUAUGUCCGUCCUCAGUGGUGCAAAAUUGGACAGAUGAGUUCGUUCUCUGGCUUCCAGAAGGUCAUCACCUUGGACCAAUCAGAGAGAUCAUCUCUCGUGGGAAACAGCUUGAGAUGAAUGGAAGAAUUGACACAAUCAAAGCCUGGAACGAAGAAGGUGGCAUUCUCAUUAUGAGUUACGAGAUGCUGCGGAUACUUAUUCUCAACAAAUCAACAAAAAUUGGCACUUGUCUUGACCCAUUGGAACAUACAAUGAUUCAAGACUGCCUGUUGUCAGGCCCCAAUAUUAUCGUUGCAGAUGAAGCCCACAAGCUGAAGGGCGAGAGGUCUGCCAUUUCUCAGGUUGCCUCCCGAUUCAAAUCUACAAGCCGCAUUGCUUUAACUGGUUCGCCUCUUGCAAACCACCUCUCAGAGUAUUUUCAGAUGGUGGAGUGGGUUGCAAGGGGUUAUUUGGAAGAUCUGACAACUUUCAAACGGAAAUUCGUUGAGCCUAUUCAAGCUGGGUCUUACAUUGACAGUACUAUGAUGCAACAGAGAGAAAGUUUGAAAUCUUUGCAGCUCCUCAAUGGAAUCUUGCAGCCGAAGGUUCUCCGCGCAGAUACUUCGGUGAUCGCAUCAGACUUGCCGUCAAAAACGGAAUUCGUGCUUGUCGUCCCUUUGACUGGUCUACAAAAAGAGGCUUACAAUCUUUUCGUGGAGAGUACACUAUCGGGUAGCGCAGAUAUCAGCACCAAAUUAUGGUCCUGGCUUGCGAUUUUGCAGCUUUGCUGUAACCAUCCGUAUCCUUUUCGCGAGAAACUCUUUGAUCGGUUGAAAAUCCCUGAGGAUUCAGACGGCCAGUCUGUGCUUCCACAGUCCAUACAAGAUGCCGGGCUCCCAAGAGAUUUGUUUUCCAAAAUGGAAGAGCUUUUCAACCAGUUUCCCAACCUCAAAAUGGCCAGCUUAUCCAAUCGAAUUCUUCUGCUGGAUGAAAUUCUAGACCGCUCGAUCAGGUCUGGGGAUAAGGUACUGAUAUUUACUCAAAGCCUUCCUACAAUGGACUAUCUAGACUUCUUUUUGAGAAAAGGCACACGCAAGUAUCGACGUAUCGAUGGCUCCAUGUUGGGACCUAACCGUCAGAUCGCAACCAAAAACUUUAACACCAAUUCGGAUGAAGAAAUUCUCCUCAUUUCAACCCGCGCCGGUGGUGUGGGCUUGAAUAUGUUUGGGGCAAAUCGCGUUAUCAUCUUUGAUUUCCUGUUCAACCCUAUGUGGGAAGAACAGGCUAUCGGACGUGCUUACCGGCUUGGUCAAAAGAAGCCAGUCUAUGUUUAUCGGUUCAUCGCCGGUGGCACAUUCGAAGAGCUCAUUUUCAACCAGGCGAAAUUCAAAAGAGAACUUGCGGUUCGCGUGGUUGACAAGAAGACUGUCGUGCGCCAGAGCACACGUAACACGCACACAAAGUAUCUCUUUCCUGUGAAAGACGUCGAGAAGGAUCAAGAUUGUGAUGUUCUUGGGAAGGAUCCAAAGGUGCUGGACAGAAUCCUAGCUAGAGACGGCAAUGAGAUUGUUCUCAGGGCGACAUUGUCCCACAUUCAGGACAAUGAAAACGAUCGCUUGACCGAGGAAGAAAGCCGCCUUGUUGAAGAUGAGCUCAAAUGCGAGCGGCUCAAGCGCUCCAAUCGCAGAGCAUACGAUGCUGAGAUGACGAGACGACACCUUGCAGAUCAAGUUCGAUUCCAACAGGAGAUGGCUCAGAAUAAAAUGAAGUGGGGAUUUCAAAGAAUGCCACAGGGGCCAACUUUGAUUCAAAACCAGUCAAAUUUCCCGCAGGAUUACCAAAUUUCUCAUGCAGGAGAUGAUCAGAGCGCCGGUGUACCAGCACUAUAUGCCGAUUCAUAUGAUGCCAGUCCGAUGGGUGGAUCGACGAGUCAGAUGUCAUCAGGUUAUGAGACUCCCAAUUUUGACCAAUCUCAGCCGCAGUCGCAGAGCUACCAUCCAAGUUCAACGUCUUUGCUGCGUGAUAUUUUCCCUGAGAUGUCAGCAUCUGAUUCCACAUAUUAUGCACCCAGCUCCACCUCCGUGAGCCAAAAACCUCGCCACAUUCCUUCUGACCUGCCUUCACUGGAACCCAAUUCUAUAGAUGCCACCUACGUUAACCUGGUGGACGAGGUCUCCGAUCCUAUUCUUCACACACCAGGAAUGCCACAGACAGCCUCGAUGAUGCCAUGUACUAGCUCAACUGCUGCAGUUGCUCCUUCUCAGACCACUCAACCACAGACUGGUCUAGACGGCACAGAUGACGUGGAAUAUUCUGGUCAGGGGACUUUGAUGCUGAAGGGCCAGGAAAGCUCCGCUCAGUUGCCUCCGGAUAAACUGCCCAAGGGAAUCAGUCACAAGCAAACCACAUCUACAGCGAAUAUUUCCCAAGACAAACCCGAUGGCUCUGACUCCCAAAAGCCCAUUGAUAACAGCCAAGCCAAUAUCUUGAUUCCCAGCGUUGAAAAUACGCAGGUUUCCGACCCAGUUCCAGUCUGCCAAGCUGGCCCUGGCACUGGCCAAAACAAAUCUUCGGACCCCUCCAUCGAAAACAUGCAGGUCUCUGGUCCAAUUCCAGCAAGUCCCACCGAUCUGAUAGAGCUCUUGCGUACGCCCUCAUCUGUUGCUAUGGAUAUCAGCGAUGGAGAUUGA